UGUCAGGGGAGCAUGUCCAGGCAGGAUGUGGAGGAGCUGGCCAACAUAGAGCUGCAGAGAGACGAGGAGGCAGCUGCUGUGCUGGGUGCAGUAAGAAGGACUUCGGCGGUGGCCAUGGCUGCCCAGGACCCCACACUGAGCACGAGUCAUCCAUUCUACGACGUAGCCAGACAUGGCAUCCUGCAGGUGGCAGGCGAAGACCACUUUGGAAGACGCGUGGUCACGUUCAGCUGCUGCCGGCUGCCUCCCUCCCAUGAGCUCAACCACCAGCGGCUGCUGGAGUAUUUGAAGCACACGUUGGACCAGUACGUGGAGAAUGACUACACUGUUGUCUAUUUCCAUCACGGGCUGAACAGCAGGAACAAGCCAUCCCUGGGCUGGCUCCAGAGUGCGUACAAGGAGUUCGACAGAAAGUACAAGAAAAACUUGAAGGCCCUCUACGUGGUGCAUCCUACCAGCUUCAUCAAAGUCCUGUGGAACAUCUUCAAACCCCUUAUCAGUCACAAGUUUGGGAAAAAAGUCACCUAUUUCAACUACCUGAGCGAGCUUCACGAACACCUCAAAUGUGACCAGCUGGUCAUCCCUCCCGAAGUUCUGCGGUACGAUGAGAAGCUCCGGAGCCUACAUGAGGGCCGGCCACCCCCUUCUGCCAAGAUGCCGCCACCGCGGCCCCCUCUGCCCACCCAGCAGUUUGGCGUCAGUCUGCAAUACCUUAAAGACAAAAAUCAAGGUGAACUCAUCCCCCCUGUGCUGAGGUUCACGGUGACAUACCUGAGAGAGAAAGGACUCCGCACUGAGGGCCUGUUCCGGAGAUCGGCCAGUGUCCAGACCGUCCGUGAGAUCCAGAGGCUCUACAAUCAGGGGAAGCCCGUGAACUUUGACGACUAUGGGGACAUUCACGUCCCUGCUGUGAUCCUGAAGACCUUCCUGCGAGAGCUACCCCAACCACUGCUGACCUUCGAGGCCUACGAGCAGAUUCUCGGGAUCACCAGUGUGGAAAGCAGCCUGCGUGUCACCUGCUGCCGCCAGAUCCUACGGAGUCUCCCAGAACACAACUACACCGUCCUCAGCUACCUCAUGGGCUUUCUGCACGCGGUAUCCCAGGAGAGCAUUUUUAACAAAAUGAACAGCUCCAACCUGGCCUGUGUCUUCGGGCUGAAUUUAAUCUGGCCGUCCCAGGGGGCGGCCUCCCUGAGUGCCCUUGUGCCCUUGAACCUGUUCACCGAACUGCUGAUUGAGUACUACGAAAAGAUCUUCAGCGCCCAGGAGGCACCUGGGGAGUAUGUCCCUGGCCCCGCAGGAGCCAGCAAGCAGAGCAGUCCCUUCACCAGAGGAUGUGCCGCCGACAGACGAGCUGCAGGCCUUGCCAGGCCUGUCCCGCCUCAGAGUCCCCCAACAACAGCCGGGAGACACCUCUAGUGUUGGAGAUACACUUGUGUGUAUUAAGCUACCUCCCCUGCCUGUCUGUGCACUUGCUUUAUGUUUUGGAAACCUGCCAUUGCGGAAAAAAAGCAGGUAUUAAAUGAACUCAGAACCUUCUAGUGAACAUUCUGUGCUUCUG